ACAGCUGUCAAUCAAAACUCGGCACGACGCUCCGUCACGUGAACCCGAAGUCACACGUGCAACUGCACAACUAGGGCACGGGAUUGGCACCCGUUGUAGAGGCUUCAAAGUUCACCUCAUCUUCAAGAAUGACCACCUUCUCCUCGACCCCCAUCGUUAUUGAUGGAAAGGGACACUUGCUUGGGCGGCUGGCGUCCAUAAUCUCCAAGCAGGUACUCUCCGGGCAGAAAAUCGUUGUUGUGCGCUGCGAGGAGAUUAACAUCUCUGGGAGCUUCUUCCGCAACAAACUCCGCUACCACAACUUCCUCCACAAACGCCAUAUCGUCAACCCCAAAAAGUCCGGCCCUUUCCAUCACCGCGCACCGUCCAAGAUCCUGUACCGGGCUAUCCGUGGAAUGACCCCGCACAAGACUCCUCGUGGUGCCGCAGCCCUGGAGCGCCUCAAGCUCUUCGAGGGUGUUCCCCCUCCUUACGACCGCAAAAAGCGCAUGGUUGUUCCGGAGGCUCUACGGGUUCUGCGGUUGAAGCCUGGUCGCAAGUACUGUACUGUCAAGGUCCGUGAAAUGACUCUUGACCCUGUAGUGAGGACUUAUCGUGCGGCGUUCCAGCGCUUGUCUCACGAGGUUGGAUGGGGAUACAAGGAUGUUGUGGAUCGUCUUGAGGAGAAGCGGAAGAUCAAAGCCCAGGCCUUCCACGAGCGCAAGCUGGCCGCUGUCAAGCUCCGUCAAAAGACUGUGGCAAACAAUGCCUCGUCUGAGAAGCUCAAGGAGCUCGGGUACUAGAGGCUUGGGCGCCUCGCUAUGACUAUGUACCCCAUGCCCCAUGCCGAUCGCUAUAUUACAUGCAAUGAUGAGAGCGUAUACCGUACGCGUGUAAUACUCGCAAUGCCAGAGUUUUUUCGCUGAGAAUCACGCCCUGCUGGCUAUCGUCAGCUAUCGCCAGCAAUAUGAGCAGCCCCGACCGAAUUACCACUGUCGAUACACCAGUUCUGACUAUGACUCGGUCCUUGAUGUCUCGGAUCGCAACCCUUGCGCUCGCUGAUUGCCGAACGAUCCAAAAAAUAUUCAGUCUGAGCCAUCUCACCUUCACCUCUCCUCCUUCCCGUUUCCCUUCCAUUCCAUAUGCCCGACGAGUCUCCGCGCGGUUCCGUUUCUCCCCAAUCGCGUUCCCCAUCUCCCUCCAGCCAAGACACCCUUACUCUUCGCGCCUUGGUCAGCACGAAGGAUGCUGGGGUUAUCAUUGGCAAAGCCGGCAAGAAUGUCGCAGACUUGCGCGAACAAACUGGCGUAAAGGCUGGUGUUAGCAAAGUCAUUCACGGCGUCCACGAGCGCGUCCUUACUGUGACUGGGCCUGUGGAAGGUGUGGCCAAAGCGUACUCCCUUAUAAUCUCGCAACUCGUGGCCACCAACCCGACUUCUCCGAUCCUUUCUUCGACGUCUUCCUCCGUCCAUACCUCCAUCCGCCUGCUCAUCUCACACAAUCUUAUGGGCACGAUAAUCGGCCGGAAUGGAUUAAAAAUCAAGGCUAUCCAAGAUGCUUCUGGUACGCGGAUGGUCGCGUCGAAAGACAUGUUGCCCCAAUCGACGGAACGUAUCGUCGAGGUACAAGGCACCCCGGAAGCUAUUGGGCACGCCAUCGAAGAGAUCGGCAAGUGCCUUCUGGAAGAUUGGGAGCGUGGCCUGGGCACGGUGCUCUUUCAUCCGGGUACUGGAGACGAUAGAUCCGGUCGACGGUCCGUGAGUGGGGCUCCUCCAUCCUACAACCCGCGCCGCGCGAAUGGCGAGCGUGGCCGCUCUUCUCCCCCUGGUUCGCCGCCGCCAGCUCAAUCGCCCGUUCUGUCUCAGCCAGCUACUAAUUUACGUACCCAAAACAUCUCCAUUCCCUCGGAUAUGGUCGGCUGCAUAAUUGGCAGGAGCGGAACCAAGAUUACCGAAAUCCGGCGUCUGUCUGGCUCCAAAAUCUCGAUCGCCAAAGCACCUCACGAUGAAACUGGCGAGCGAAUGUUUACUAUCGUUGGAACGCCGGAGGCCAAUGAAAAGGCCCUCUUUUUGUUGUACAACCAACUCGAAAGCGAGAAAGAACGCCGUGUCAACAAGGAAUCUCACCAGCAGCAACAGGAGUUGGAGGAAUGAGCAAACCGAGCUACCCCCGAGUCCUACCCGUAGUCGUUCCUUCUCCAGGGAUACUCGGUUACAUGCCCUCCUCCGUUCUACGUCCUUUUGUCUUCCUUGACUCGUCCGAAAAUCAUCCGCCCUCGCUGUCACGUAGUGUACGUAGUAAUUCCUCGAUACGCGUAAUAUGUUGUGCAGCCCUCGUAAUUGCAAGAAAAGAA